AUGAGGCCUCUCAAAGAAACGCAAGUUUUGCAGACUGAUCUAAACACUGAUACACUCAGUGUCGAUCAGAAAAAAGCCGAUGAUGAAGUUUUGGAAAGGCUGGGCUAUAAACCUGUGCUGAAAAGAAGCUAUAACUAUUUUCAUAAUUUUGCAACCAAUUUUGCUGCUCUCUAUUUUAUCGGUGGUGUGAGAGUUACAUUCUCGACUGGUAUAGCUGCGGGUGGCAACCUGGCUUAUUGGACAAGCUUCUUGGUUACCUGUUUCUUUACAUUUAUAACAGCCUCCGUGAUAGCGGAGAUAUGCUCAUCUUUACCACUUGCUGGCUCUAUCUACCUAUGGGCAGCAGAAGCAGGUGGCCCUCGCUUCGGGCGAUUACUUGGUUUCAUUGUCGCAUGGUGGAGUACGACUGCAUGGACAACUUUCUGUGCCAGUAAUACUCAGGGCGCUGUCAAUUACAUGCUUUCGGAAAUUGUUGUAUUCAAUUUGGACUUUCCUUCUGACCCUGAAGAUGUUAAGUUUCGAGCUGUGCAAUGGAUUUGUACCGAAGUGUUGUUAGCAACUGCUGCAAUCUGGAACUUACUUCCCCCUCGCUACUUCAAGUGGAUUUUUUCCCUCUCUACUGCAUUUGUGCUCUUGGAUUUUGCGCUCAACAUGAUAUGGUUGCCGGUUGCGACGAGUCGCACAAUAGGCUUUCGAUCAGCACAUGAUGCAUUUCUCACCACUUACAACGGUACAGGAGCACCCGAAGGAUGGAAUUGGUGUCUCUCGUACCUAGCUACUGCUGGUAUUUUGAUAGGAUUCGAUGCCUCCGGCCAUGUUGCAGAAGAGACCAAGAAUGCAGCAACUUCCGCAGCUAGAAGUAUAUUUUGGGGCACAGUGGUCAGCGGAGUUGGAGGGUUCGCUGUCGUUAUCUUAUUUCUUUUCUGUGCACCUGAUACCGACACGUUGUUCUCAUUUGGAGGCACUCAACCAUUUGUUCCAUUAUACGCUGUCAUUCUUGGUAAUGGAGGACAUAUUUUUAUGAAUGUAGUCUGCGUUCUCGCUCUUUGGUUUAAUACCGCAAUUGCGAUUCUUGCCGCAUCUCGUCUAGUCUUUGCUGUGGCUCGAGAUGGUGUGCUUCCAUUCUCGAGCUGGACAGCACGAGUUGUGAAUGGACAGCCGCGCAACGCCGUCAUUGUAGUUUGGGUUAUUUCUUCCAUAAUUACGUGCACCAUAUUGCCUUCCUCAGUUGCUUUUACAUCUCUUGUAUCGGCAGCCGGCGUACCAUCAGCAGCUGCUUAUGGAUUGAUCUCUUUUGGCCGCUUAUUCUUCACGCCCAAGAACUUCCCCAAGCCUGCUUGGAGUUUGGGCCGUCUUAGCAAACCGUUUCAGGCCAUAUCGGUGAUAUGGAAUGGCUGGGUCGUUGCAGUCUUGUAUUCGCCCUACAUAUUUCCCGUGUCAGCUAGCACAUUGAAUUAUGCGCCGGUGAUCAUGGCUAUUGUCACGAUUUUCGCGCUCAUCUCGUGGUGGAUCAUCCCAGCGGAAAAGUGGCUUCCAAGCAAAAGUAUCGAACACAUGCUGCACGCAGACGAUAUGGAGCAAAAUUCGGACUCAGCUUAGUUCAUGUCAUGGGGUCAUAUGAUUUUGGUUCACUAUUGUUUU